AGGGGUCGGUCAGAUGGACGCCUCACUCCCUUCCUCAUCCACCUCUCGAGUUCAUUACAGAGCCCCUGCUUCGUCCUCUGCUUCGUCCUCUGCUUCCUCUUCUGACCGUGCUCCCUUACUGAUGGAUGAUUCCGACGAUAAGAAGUGGCCUGAAGCAGUCGAGAGAUAUUUUAUUGACAUCUUGUUAGAAGAGGAUGCUAAAGGGAAUAUGCCCCAAGGCCAGUUCAAGACUGGAACUUGGACAGCAGUUGUCAAUGAGUUUAACAAGCGUGCGUCUAAGAGUUACACUAAGGCACAACUUACCCAAAAAUAUCAACGGCUGAAACAGAGACACCGCACUUUCUCCCAGCUCAUCGCACGUACCGGAAUGGGAUGGGACCCCAUUUCAAAUACAGUGACGGCCAGUGACGAAGCUUGGGCUGCUGCAUUUGCGGUCAAUCAUAAAUUCAAGGACUUCAGGAAAAAGGGGAUGAGACACUAUGAGCUGUUGGGCACUCUUUUCAAUUCAAACACAGCCACGGGUUUCCUGCAAAUGUCAUCUGCCCAACCAGCUCCCAAUAGUGAUGAAGAGAGAGAACUUGAUGCAGCCUUUCUAUCUGAGGGGGUACAUGUCAAUGUCAGCACCGACGGUUUCGAUGACGUGGAGGAGCUGCCCACACCGAGUGAAGCCCAAAGCCGAAGGCAAGCUGAAAAACGGCCAGCUGAAGCAUCUCAUUCAAGUGGAAAAAGGAAGAAAGGGCACUCCCUUGAAGCCAUGACUGAGGCAAUAUGGGGUUUUACUGACAUGAGGACCCGUCGGGGGAAAAAGUCCAUCGACACAGGAGACUCUGCUGUGGGGGCUGCCAGUGAGUCAGUUACAGCAGCUAUAACUCUUCUGAACCAGCACACCGAUGUCGAUCAUGUCACGUAUUGCAAGGUCGUGCAAGAACUUCAUCAUGCCAAGAGUAGAGCCGCUUUUUUUGCCAUGACGGCUGAUAGAAGAAGGGCCUGGAUUGACUUUAUUGGGGGUGGAUUGCAGUAGUGGUGGUUGUGGUUGACAGUGUAGGAAGUUAACUAAUGAUGUGCCUAAGUGUAGACAGCCUAGAAAGUUAUUUAGUAGUCUUAGUUUGGUUUAAUGUGAAUACGCAAAGUUUGUAUUAUGUUUAUACUAUGAACAAUGUUUGCUUUAUGCCUUCCUUUGUUAUGUUAACCUCCUUGGGACAUGUAUGGUAUUUGGACUAAGAAAUAUGAUUUGUGG